GCGCCUCCCGGACUCGGGCGUCGCUUCCGCCGCUCCUCUCUCGCGGUCCCGGAGCGCUGCUUCGCGGGUUAGUUGGGCCGGUCCCUCUCGGCUCAACCGCCUCGCAGGGGUGUUGGAUAGAGAAAAUAAGGGGCCGGAGUGUUAGCAAUCUUUGCCGCUUUGAAUUAUAUACUUUAUAAAAAGUCGUGAUAAAAUCAUAAUAAGACUAACCCGAGUUGCUGACAUUCUGCUCUUGAAUCUGAACGUCAUCGAUGCGUGAAAAUUGGAAUUAGUAGAAAACAGUCCAGCAGAAGCUAUUGGGUGCUUUUGGACUAUUAACGUAUUUUCUUGCAGUUUUUUUUAACCGUGCUCUCUGCAGUAUUCACUUCCUAUCGAAGUUGAUUAGGCUUCUGUCUAAUAACAUGCAAGGAUUAAGGAACAUAAUGGGACUAAUUAUUGAAAAAGAAACCAUGAACAGAGUAGAAGUUUUAUUGUUGGAAAAAAUGUGCUAAAUUAUGAUAGGUUAUUGGAAAAACCAUUUAAGGUUAGUAUGAUAGCCAAUAAACUGAUUUUACGUCUGGGACAAUAUAGAUAGGAUUACACUACAAAUUAAUGUUAAAACUAUUUCUGAAAUUAUCUUCAACUGAACAUAUAAAAUAAAGUUUGUUGUUUCUUUAAAGCUCUCUUUAGAAUGUGCACUUCUCAGUAGGCACCUCUGGAAAUUCAUCUAUAGAGGAAAGGAAAUGUGAAUGCCAUAGAAAUACAUACUGCCCUAUAAUUUUUUGGAUGCUGCCAGAAAGGAAUUAAAGACUAUGACAGGAUUUGCUGGAAAUGUAGGCAAGAUGCAGCAUAGAACUCGAUUUUCCAGAUUUCAAGAAAGCCUCCUGGUGCGUUCUUGCUCAUUUCCUCCACUUUCUGAAGAACGGGGUUCAGCUCUGAAGAAAAGUUUUUCCUCCAAAGAUGGUGAAAAGCAGAUUUAUGGAACAAUCCACAAAUUUCCAUGGUUUGUCUAGGGACUUUAAGUUUAAAAUGGUCACUUCCUUUGAAGGGAGGAGAAUGAACAGCCAUGAAACGGAGAGCUGUCAGAACAGGAAACCUACCUUGUGUGAGAAAGCAAAUUGCCUACUGGAGGAAGCAGCAUACAAGGAUGGAAGAACCGCGGAGCACAUCUUAAGGGAACCCUGCUGGACGUUUGGUAUCAGGAAACACAUAUUAGUCGAGGAGGUGCUGCGACCAAAGGAGAGUGCGUUCACUGAAGUGAGGAGGUCUGUAGAGAAAAUCAAAGAGGCAGAACAAGGAAAUAGGAAGGCUGGUUUGGACAAAGCUGCAGUCUGGAGUUCCCCUGGCAGCGCAUUCUCCGCUGUGUGGCCCAAUAGCAUUGCUGGGGAACCCAAAAGUGCUUUCAGCAAACCAGCCAAGUGCCGGGAAGAUGGAGGGGCUCCAGCUGCUUUUCGACCUCUGAAGGGUAUCAAGAAAGGAAGCCCAAGGAAGUUGCCGGAAUGCCUCGGUGCCACUGACCUCAUACCAUACAGUGGCCGCCUCGCUUCUGGGUUCCUGGUAAGUGAUUCAGACGGUUUCCAGCUGCUGUCAACCAACCCCAUCUGGAGCAACCCGUUCUCUUUCUCUUCGGCCCCGUGGCCAAAGGAAGUAGGCGAGCGAACGCAGGCCAUCCCUGCUUCCUCUGCCUCUUGGGCAGUGCUGCCUUCCACUCUCGCCCCUUUCAGUGUGGCAGCCCAGAACUGGUGUGCCAAGUGCAGCCUUUCCUUCCACAUGACAUCGGACCUUGUGCUGCACAUGCGUUCCCAUCACAAAAAGGUAGAAGUCUCGACAGAAUCCCAGAAGAAAAGGAGACGGGAGGAAAAGCUGUCCUGUCCUGUUUGCCAGGAAUAUUUUCGAGAAAGGCAUCAUUUAUCUCGGCACAUGACUUCUCACAACUAGUCUGCAGCUGUAAUGUAAUGGAUGUCUGCUUGUUGGAUAUGUUUGUGUGCACGUGUUGGUUGAAUUCCAUUGUGGUUUUACUGCAUUUAACCAGAAUCUUCAAAAGUCAGCCUGUUGUAGAAGCAUUCAGAAUAAAUGUAAUUACACAAGCUCCAGAUAGCUCCAGUUCUGAAAAUGAAAUACACUUAUAAGGAAAUAAACAGUGAGAUGUAAAGAGAAAAGUUUUGCUUUCUGAAGAUCCAUUUUAUUCAACCUAAACUAUGAAAAUGUUGAUAAUUUUUUUUUUAGUAAUUUGAAGCAGCAACUUUUUCCAUACCAGAGCCAUUGUGGAAUGAAAUUCUUCCCUAGGAUGGAAGUAAAGGAUAAAAUUUCUUUUAAGUUAAGCUUGACUCCUGAUGACCAUCAGAGCAAAUCCAUGUC